GCUAAAAGAAAAAGAAAAAGAAAAAGGCGUGAAUGGAGUUAACAAACAGUAAACCAUCUUCAGAACGCUUGCUAUUCGACCGCCGUUAUGGCUGGGUCUUUGAUGAAUGGAAAGAUCCAUCGGAAGAAGCUCUUGCUGGUGGUCGAGGAAUGUUUUGCAUUGUGCCUCUAGCAAAAGUUUUCUUCAGCAUGGCUUCGAAUUCGAUCAAUUUUGCAGCAAGAUCUACUGUAAAAGUCUUGGAAAAGCCUGAAGUACUCUACCCCAAGGAGCUGCAUGCUAGCCUUAAAGAUCAGCUGAGAAUCGUCACAAAUUUUAUGCAAAAACCACAACUCAAAUGAAUCAUCCCAAUGUAAAACCCGUCAUGUUGGCAGCAGUGCGUAGCAUUUAGACAUUGAAAACCAUGAAUCACAAAGUGCCUUAUUGAUUAAAUUUUGCAUAAAUAUUUGUCUCAAGUUUAUCACUACUUCAAACUAAUAUGAUUUUCUUUCCCAUGGACUUUCAAGUGCCAACAGAAGGGGUGAUUC